CAAUAUUUACAAAAAUGUGAGAUACUGUACCUGCAUAUAGCUACCUGGGCCCAUUCAAGUCUAGGGACAUAUAUACCCAGCACCAUAGGCUCCUGGGCUCCAAAAUACACCAGCAUGCUUGCAAUGUAUAGAAGAAUGUACCAGUGGGCAUUAGCCCCUAUUAAAUUGCCCCUAGUAUGACACAAAAUCACAAAUUGUUGGACAAUUGAACUGGAAAUUACUUAACAAUACCACUACUAAGUGCAUUCAUGUUUACUCCAAGGUCCCACCAUGGCGGGUCCCACAAAACCCUUCAGUUUUAAAGCAGAUUUACCACCUUUUGUUUUGCAUGAUGUUUAUGCAACAGUUGUGCAUUGUUACAGAAAUAGAUAAUGAUAGAGUGGAGUCUCUACUUCCCAAAAAAAGUCUCCUAUAGUUUUAUUGCUUGUUUAAUAUGCAGUACACCCUAUGUAAAAGUACCUAUUUUAUCAAGUGCAUGUGGGUUUUAUUACAUUUUCAAUUUUAGUACAAGGAAAACUGUACCAAGAUUAUAAAAACACAAUGUACUAAACAAUAAUAUGCAAGGCAAUGAUUUGCUGUAAUUCACAUGGUGAUUGGUGUAUUGUGAUAUUACACACUUGCUUACUACAUGUAGCAAUGGCAAAUCUGUAAACAAGGGAGGGUUAAAAUUGACACUUUGUCAUGAUCACACCUGUAAUCCUGUCUGCACUUUGGUUCCAGACAAGAAGCAACAUUUUUUAUAGAUGCUGUUGUCCCAACAUCACACUAUAGAAUUAACUGCACAUAAGAGCUAUAACAAUUUAAUUCCCGGAAUUCCCACAGUGUAGCACUAUGGUGGUGAGCCAUUCAUACUCGAGCAUGUUGUGACGAGUUCUUACUUGAGCUCGCCUGGUUUGCAGACCAGUUGACUCAAUCUUUAUGGCGUAGAAGAAGAAAUAACACGUGUGUGUUGUGCUGUUGUUGGAAAAUGAGUGACGGUAAUCUGGAGCAGCGGAUUAACAUCAAAUUUUGCGUGAAGAUUGGAAAAAGUGCGAGUGAAACUUUAGCUCUGUUACAACAGGCUUAUGGUGACCAUUCCAUUAAGAAAUCAAAUGUUUUUGAAUGGCAUAAGCAGUUUAAAGAGGGGCAGGAAGGUGACCACGAUGAUCCAAGCGGGCAGCCAAAAACACAGAGGACAGAUACAAAUGUGGACAGAGUCCGAAUUCUUGUACGCUCAGAUCGAAGAUUGAGUGUGCGAAUGAUGGCAGAAGAAUUAAACAUGAACAGGGAAACUGUGCAGCAGAUUUUAACGGAGGAUUUGGGAAUGAGAAAGAUUUCCGCAAAAAUGGUGCCUCGAAUCUUGACUGAAGGUCACAAAGAGCGUCGUCUUCAAAUUUCAUCCAAUCUUUUAAAGAAUGCAGAGGUGUUUGCCAAUUUUUUUUCAGUCCAGUUCGGACUUACAUUAUCACACCUUAUAUACCUCUUAGGUAUUUUAGAUAUGGCCCAUAUCUAGGAUAACUAUUUUUGCUUGAUGGUUUGACUACCCUUUUCUUACAGCUGAAGUUAAGCCAUUGUUUUUUGGGGUGGAUUAGCAAUACAGAAUCAAACAGAUUAGCUAGCUGUAAUGUAUUCCAUAUCCUGCAGGCUGCUGGUUCAUGUAAAAAGAACCUUCAUAAUGCAGCAUAUUGCCCAGAGUGGCAAUCUUCCAGUGUUGCAAACGUGAAGGACUUGCGGCACUUGCCUAUCAUUGUGCUCUGUAGAUGGGCAGGGGAGAUCCUGUCAUUCAUCCACUCCUCCUGCAUUCACAGAACAAUGUGGUGCUUUUAGGGACAAUAAUAUUUCAAAUGUGUGACUGGAAUAGUGAGCAAGAUGAGGCAGACAAGCUGUUCAAGGCCUUCACAUUGGAAGUUGCUGCUGUUACACCUGCAGCAUCAUACGAUCAUUCCUCUGAGCAGUAUCUGGCAGCAUAAAGGAUUUUUACAUGAAGCAGCAGCCUGAAGGACAUGAGAUACUCACCAUUACAAUUAACUAAUGUGUUUGAUGCUGUAUCCUGAAAAAAAAAAAUGUGCCAACUGUCAGCCUGUAAGAGUACACAUUUAACUAAAUGGACAUUACACACAUGGUCAUGGUAAAAUGUAGCUUAUUUAGGCUUAUCUUACUGAAAUCUAAGCCUUGAGCGACCAUUAGAUAUUCAUGAGAGUUGUGCAGGAAAUGGUCAGGCCUGCCCUUGUUGCUAGCUUUAUAGUUUCGUUUUUGUCAAGUUGAGGAGUUCAAAGGCCAACUGGAGACCCUCAAGUGUGGACGAAUGUAAUGGGUUAAGCAGGCCAUUUGAAUCUGCAGAACCGGAUGAGAUUCAAACCAUGUAUGGACAGGCUUGGGUACAACCAGCAUCCCU